CGGCCGGAAGAGAGCCGGCGGGCACGGAGGCGGCCGGGAGCAGGGGGCAGCGCGGCCUCCGGGGAAGGGGGGAAUUCACCAUUGGAAUAUAAGGACAGCGUCUUAAGGGCUGUAACUAGAAAACGCUCGGAGUCCGGCGGUGAAAUUGGGAGCGAGGGCUCGAACGAGGCGGCCGGAGAAUAGCUGGGCUUGGAGGCGCGGGCAGCGCGCUGAGCGGGGCGUCCCCGCGGGCUGAGAGCUCCGCCGGCAGCUGCGGGAGCGGCGCGGGGCAGCGCUGUGCCGAUGCGCGCUGAGCGGGGUGCGCGCGGACACCGGCGUGUGGAGCUCGGCCAGCCGUUUUCACGCAGUCGGGUGUAGAAAUUAAAAUGCAUGAAGUAGCGUUAAAUCUUGCGAGUCCCCUCCCCCUAGCGAGCAUCCAGGCUCGGGGGCGGGCGCCGUUCUGAACGCUCCGCCGCGUUUCCCUGGAACGGCCGAAUCGCCCCGCAGCCCCCGUUCCGGUACGAUGCCCUGGGCGGUGCCGGCGGGGUGCGGCCGGGGAGCGCUCCGCUCCCGGCUCGGGUACCGCUCGUUUUCCUGCAGCGCUCCGAUCGAGACGCGCAUCUAUAGGCGCUGAGCUACUGCGGUGCCACCUGGAUGGGGAAAGUGUAACUCAGUUGUCAGACAGGGAGGUAAAUCGCUCGGAUUUAACCUCGUAGAAAAGCCGCGAGUCGCUUUCACCAGAAAUGAUGGCGGGGUGCGCGCGGAGCCGAUGGUACAUCGGCGAGAGCUGUGGCAUCGCUCGCGUUUUACGGCGCUUAGCGGGGACAGCCCGAAGGCGGAGGAUACAGCGCUGUGGUGCGAGCAGCGGGGCCGGACUGCGGGCUGGCGCUGCCGCGGGCGGCGCGUUUCGCAGCGCGGUGCCGGGAGCUGCCCGCGGGCGCUGGGCGGUGCCGCCGAGGGUAACGGCACCUCGGUGGCGAACAAGGACGCGACGAAGAUCAGCACGGUCCGCGUGCAGGGCAACGACAUCUCGCACCGGCUGCGGCUGUCGGGCGUGCGGCGGCAGGACGAGGGCGUCUACGAGUGCCGCGUGGCGGACUUCAGCGACGACGAGACGCAGGAGCACAAGGCCCAGGCGCUGCUGCGCGUCCUGUCCCGCUUCGCUCCGCCCGACGUGCAGGCGGCCGAGGCGGUGUCCCACAUCCAGAGCGGGGCGGCCCCCCGCCGCCACGGCCCCGCCGGCAGAGCCACGCCGCCGCCCGGACCCGGCAAGCGUCCGCCGCCGCCCCCCGGAGAGUGGGGACCCUCCGCCGCCGCCGCCGCCGCUUCGGCCUCGCCGCCGCCCGGACAGGGGCAGGGCCGGGGGCGGACCGCCAUCCUGCAGCAGCAGCACGGCUCAGGCACAGGACCUAUUUAUGCUACAGACCCACUCCUAUACAUGUUCCUGUUAAUACUGCAUAAGCUUGUACAUUUAUUAGUAAACCACUGAUGGACUACUUCCUCCACUACUCCUCAGCCAAACAAAAGGAACCUAUUUAAGAACAGGACAAGCCCCUGACAAAACAUUACCCACAGUUGGAAGGAUGGACAGAAAGAGACUGAAAGAAGCAUGAUAAAUUCUACAUGAGGGGAAAACAUAUUUUUGGGGAUGUCACAGAAGGUAAACCACAAAAAAUAAUGCAUCUAGUUUCCAGACCCUGUGGUGUAAGGCCCUGCUCUGUGCACGGCACCUAUGGUUUCUCUAUUUUAAUGUAAUAUUUUUCUUUUCUAAACCUUUCCUCUGACUCUUCAGACUCUUCAUUUUGCACGAACUGUUGAGCAGUUAUCUUUAUGACAGUAUGUAAAGAUGCUGGGUCAAAACCCUUCCUAAGAAAGGAAAUAUUUUUAGUAGAUUGUGUUUAGUUUUUCUGAAUUUC